CCUUUCAAGCUCAGGAGAGUUGAUACAUUGAGUGUCAACCAUGUUUUUGUCACCUCUGUCCUAGUAAAGUUUAAGGGUAGGCACAUUCCUUUUCGAAGCCAUGGCCCGCCAACGAGCUGGUCAAUCACGCUUCAAACUGUUAGUUGCUAUUGUGAUUGUCGUGCUGUGCUUCUUGCACCUGCCAAUCAACCGCUCGCAAACUCUAGCAGUACCAGGUUCAGGGAGAGAAACUACUAGAGCAAGCCUAGAGAAGUUGACAGUGAGAAAACUGAAGACAAAGCUGCGCGAGAAGGGUUUGAAGGUGUCAGGGCGAAAAGCAGACCUUGUGGAGCGGCUGGUGAAAUACACGGCAAUGGAGUCAAUGGAGAUAAAGAGGGUGAGAAGUGGCAAACGUGAGAUUCCAGAAGCAGAGGAACCUGCAAGUUUCGAUACGGAUGUGUUCAUUCCCCUGAACAAAACCAUUGGAAAGCUAGAAGUUUUAUUGCAACAAAAAAGGGUGGUUUUCCUGCGUGCUGGUGUGGCUUGCGGCAAGUCUACACUGGCGCAGCAUCUUUGUUCAGUGCAGCCGUCUAAGUACUUGGAAGUUUGUCCUCCUGCUCCUGGGAAUGCAACCUGUGCAGAAUGUUGGGGGAUGCAGUUCAAGGACGCUUUGUUGAAUGUGGUUUCCACCGCUGAUGUUGCAGACAGAAACUUGCAGAUUGCAUUGAAGAGGCUCUUCAGAAACGAACAGGUCUUGGUGUUCGAUGAAUGCCACUUGCUUUUUGCUUGCCCCGAGUUCUACCAGCAGUUCCUGAAAAAGCCCCCGUAUCUGAAGCGCCGUCCAAUGGUUCUGUUAUUAUCUGCAGCAUCUGAAAUGCAAAGUGUGCAAGGACAGACCUUUACAACACCAACCGAAAUUACUGGAAAAUACAUGUGGACCCCCCCAAUGCCAGAUGCCAAAGCUCUUGUUAAUCAACUCGCCCAGGCUGAUGUGUAUUUGUCUCAAGAUGCGAUUGAGUUCUUUCUGACCUUUUGUUGUGGACACAGAGGUCUCUUCAUAAGAAGCAUGGAAUGGGUGAAGAAGAAGCAGAGCGCAGAGCAGAGGAACAGCACUCCGUGGAAUUCGACUCGCGCCCUUGGCGAGGCUAGCCAAGCAUGGGACACAGAGAAUUGGAUUCACGCCCCAGAUGAUAGCUUGAUGGGGAAACUUCAGACUAUUCGAGCCAUUCGUGUGAAUGGGGAUUUUGCAAGCUUGGAGAGCAUACCAGAACAAUUUGUGAAAAUCUUGUGCGAGGGUCCAACUGAUGAUAUCGACAUACCUGCCCGCCGCAAGCUCACAAUUCAUGGUUUCAUACUUCCUACUCUGCAAGACAACAUGGGGGCGGAGCAAAAUGAGUUUCGGGAACUGGACUGGGCAAAGGGGGGGGCAAAGUAUGGUGUCGCCAAUUACCUGAUGGCUUCCUAUUACCGCCAAGCGCUUGCAAAAAAGCGGCAGCUGACAGUGGAGAUAGACACACACCCAGCUAGUUGCAUAGAUUUUCUUUUGCGAGCGCUGCCCUCCUUGCUUUUUGCGGAAGUGGUGGCCAUCAGUGUGAAAGACCGCGGCCAGGCAAUUGUUCAUUCUGAUAUUUCAGGAGAAGAGCUCCCAUUUGAGGUUCAUUACACCUUUGCUUUAAUUCGCGUGUUGAAGCGCUUGGGAUUUCGAACCGUAAGUAGUUUGGAGAGCCCACCUGAUGGGAAGGUUGACAUCUAUUAUACAACGCAGGACUGUUCAGCUUUCGCCAUUGAAGCGGUCAUGGCUGCUCGCGGACGAGCUGCGAUUGAAAAACAUCGAACACGCUUUAAGAAUGUGACAAACUACGCAAAUGCCAAGCACAAGUGUUUGCUAAUCAUUGGAAGGAAGGGCCACCAAUUGAGAAAACUUGUGCAAGACACGCGGGGUGGUAUAGCGGGUUUGGAGAUUGUUGGACUUGCUGCCAAUUCAGCACACACCGGCUACCAUGU